AUUUCAGCGAGGAAAGAAAAUGGCGUCUAUGUUCAGAAAGCCGAAGAGAAAUUUUCGACAGCGCGUCGUUACGAACGAUUCCGACGAUGACGAGAAUGAAAACGAUACUAAAAUGGAAAUUGAUGAUAACCUUGAUCAUAUUCAAAUUCUUCCAGAACCGCCCAAAAAGCCGAAAGAAAAGACAAACAUGCACAAAUCGUCAUCUGUUCUCAGUUUCGAUAACGACGAAGGAGACACCACUUUCCAAUUGAAGAAGUCCAGUCAUAGCAAGAAAAUAGCAAAGCAGCUGAAGAAGGAGAUUGAGCAGGAGCAAGAAAUGAGGAAGACAUCGAAAGUUGGAUCAGAGGUUCAGAAGGAGGUGGUGCCACAGAAGGCAGAUGAAGGGGGAAAAGAAGUGGUCGAGGACAGGAUUAAAAAACUGCGUGAAGAGCUGCUGACUAUGAACGGCGAUGAAGCAGUGGCUUUGGAGGAUCCGGAGAGUGAUGAAGAAGGGACAUUUAAGAAGAUGUUAAAACGAGGUGAGAUCCCAGAUGCAACAACAAUUCAUCAGAUCAGAAAACAGCGUCAGAUGGCUCGUGACAUGGGUGAUUUUAUGCCAUUGGACGACACCGUUCAGCUUGAGAACAGCAAGUCUCGCCUGAUCAGGGAUGAUGACAAUGAUAAGAGCGAUGAUGAAGAUGAGCGUGUGGACUUUGCUGCCAACAAGGACGCCAUAGAGAGACAGAGGAUCAGGGACAAUUUCAUGUCUGCUGAACACGGAAGUGAUGAGGGGAGUGACCAGGAGAGAGAGUGGGAGGAACAACAGAUUCGGAUGGGUGUGUCCGCCAUACAGCAGGCAUCGUCAUCCACCGACUUGUACGGACAGGACGCAGACUCGCAGUCUGGUGAUGGAAUGUUUAGUAAUGGUUUCCACGGCAACCAGGGGUACCCAGGAGCUGGGGAUGCAAGGAUGAGCAUACCAAUGACAUCUCUGAUGACAUCAAAGGCGUACGAGAAUAUCACACUGGAGGGGUUGAUUAAUCGACUUAAGGAUAGGUUAACUACAAUGGAAGAGGUCCACAGGGGUCAUAAGCAGGAGGCAGAUAAACUUGAACAUGAUAUUGAAGAUUCCCAGAUGGCGAUCGUUAAUUGUGAAGCGGGCGCGUCAAAGUUGGAAGAACGCUUUACGUUCUUCCAAGAAAUGAGGGGGUAUGUUCGAGAUCUGGUUGAAUGUUUGAAUGAAAAGGUGCCAGAGAUUAACACUUUGGAAACUCGAAUGCACACGCUCUUGAAAAAUCGAGCCGCCAAGUUUGCAAGCCGCAGACAACAAGACAUUCAGGAUCAAUGCCAAGCAUAUAUGACAAAUAAGGCUAAAGUGGUCGUUGAUAAAGAAGAUGCUGCACGACAACGUAGGAUUGCAGAAAGAGAGGCUCGAAGGGCCAGACGUCGGCGUGCUCGUGAAGGGAAGAGUAUAUCUGGACACAAUGAGGGACUCUCAUCAGACGAUGAGGAAAACCAGUCUGAAAUAUCAAAAUAUAACCAAGAAAGAGACGAUAUUCUUGAACGCGCCGAGCAGGUAUUCGAAGAUGUGGUCAACGAUUUCAGCGACACUGAUUGUGUGCGAGAACGGUUUUCUGCAUGGAGAAAUCAGUACGGGGAAUCGUACACGGAGGCGUACAUUAGCCUGUGUCUACCGAAACUAGUUAACCCAUUCGUCAGGCUGCGACUCGUAUCUUGGAACCCCUUUCAGGAGCAAUGCAAGGAUAUAGAAGAGAUGCGUUGGUUUGAUUCGUUGCUUUUCUUCGGCUUCGAGGAGGGUGAAACUGCAGAUAAGGACAAUGAAGAUAUCAAAAUUCUUCCAGCUGUUGUGGAGAAAGUUGUUCUACCAAAACUUACAUAUCUUGCAGAGAAUGUAUGGGACCCCCUCUCUACCGCACAAACCUGUAGGCUUGUAAAUUUGACACAAAAGCUUUUACGUGACUACCCAACAGUGAACGGAAGCUCCAAAAAUACACAGGCUCUGCUCAGAACUCUAGUGUUGAGAAUGAAAAAGGCCUUAGAUGAUGAUGUCUUCAUGCCUUUGUACCCAAAAACUGUUCUUGAAAACAGGAAUUCGGGACCAAGUGUCUUUUUCCAUAGGCAAUCAUGGACUUGUAUCAAGCUUCUUGGACAUUUUCUCUCCUGGAAUGGGAUUGUUUCCAACAAAAUUCUGCAGGGCCUAGCAUUGGACGGUCUUCUCAAUCGCUACAUCUUGCUGGGCCUACAGACUGCACCUUUUAAUCAGGAGACCCUACAGAAGUGUCAGGCCAUUGUAUCCACAUUCCCAAAGCCCUGGUUUGAGGAGCUGCAAGAGGAGAAGACGAUUCCCCAGCUGGAAAACCUCUGCAGGUUCCUCUGUUUUGCAUCGCAACUCCUAGAUAAGGCUUCACUUACUUCAUCCGAUAUGCAGAAACGUGAAAUGAGGGAACAACAGAAACAGAUUCGAAAGUUGCUCGUCACCAUCCACGCCCUGGACUACACAAUGAAGCUCUCAGAGAGUGGCAGCCUUAGAUGAGCAAGAGCGGUCUUUUCUUAGUGAAUGGAUUAUGCUUGUUGAAUGAACAAUUUAAUGUCUGGUGCAGAUGAUUUUUAAGUGUAAAGGUAGUAAUGAUCCUAGAUGGAUAUUGGUUGUAUCAUACCAAAUCUGAAAUCAGUUGAAUCGUUGCAGUUGGCAACAUCGGAAAUCAGUCGAAUUGUUGCAGUUGGCAAUAUCAACUUUGUUUUCAACUUAAAUUCUAGCCUAAGUUUAACUCACAGAAAUCUCAACUAUUAUGGUAAAAAUACACAGAGUGACACUAACAUGAUUUCAAAUGAUUGCUUAGAUCUUUAAUUAAACGGGCACCAGCCUCAAAUAUCUCAAUCUUAAAUGGUUUUUAAGGUUCAGGAUCAAAUCUGAAGUCCGGAUUGAAAGCCUUUUACUUCUGACUAUUAUACAGUUGUAAUGAUCUUUGUUAUUGCUAGGACAUGUGCAUCAAAACAUCUGGAAGUACAUUGAAAUGAAUAUAUAUGACCUUGGAAACAAUUUCAAAAGGAGUCUUAGUCCCUUUACCCUGCUUGGGCAUGAAUUCCUGAUACUAAUACAGACCCCUCUGCUAUUUUUUCAAGAUAGACAUUUAUCAGCUGUAAGAACCCCUGAACUUAAAUCUUAAAAACUAUUUCAAAGAUGACCUUUAUGUUAUUUGAAUUUUAUUUUGUCGGUAAAAUUGGAACUUGGCUAAAGGAGAAUAAAGAGUAAUCCAUAUAUACGCCCGCUAAAGUUUAAUUGAAUAAUGGAGAUAUUAUAUAUUAAAUAUAAAAGGUGAUGUUAGCAACACCAUUGUUCUUUGGAAUAUGGUAUGAAGUAUUCCAGGAAUCCUUAUUUAGUAUUGAAAUAUAAUUCAUGAAGAAUCAUUGUUAAUUUUAGAGCAUACAUUUUAGUUGUAAAACUGGGUACUCUAGUAUUUACUUCUAUUGUUGUCAUGUGCUGUAUCAUCCUGGAAAUAAAGUGUGAUACAAUGA